GGCCCCGUUGUAUUACGACUACGAUGGCGUCGGGAGUUGCUCCCUCGAAGGAGCGCAACCUACUUGCAGUCAUUGGUGAUGAGGAUAGCAUAACAGGUCUCCUCCUUGCAGGUAUCGGAGACGUGAACGAGCAACAGAAGAAGAACUUCCUUGUCGUUGACAGUAAGACGCAGGUGUCUACAAUCGAAUCUGCAUUCGAAGAGUUUACCGAGAGGGCAGACAUCGCGAUUUUGCUCAUUAACCAACAUAUCGCAGAUAAGAUUAGACCAACGGUAGACAAAUAUCAACAAGCAUUCCCUGCACUACUUGAGAUACCUUCCAAGGAUCAUCCUUAUGAUCCUUCCAAAGACUCGGUGCUUAAGCGUGUACAGAAGCUUUUCGGCGAUUAAAGAGGAGACGAACUUGACUAUUUGAAUUUCAUGGCCUUCCUUCUAGUCUCUUUGCAAACAAUGUAUUUAUUUACAGAUAAUGUAAUGACCGAAGCUUGCAUCUCAUCAUCUUAUUCGAAGCAAGGGAUGUGGUGCGUCGUAGAGAGUAUGUACAC